AUGGCGACCCUCUGCUUCUCAAGCUCGGGCCAGCAGAUGCAACUCGAUACCUCCCAUCUCACAACGAUCGAUGACUUCAAAGCUGCUGUGUCGAAGAAAAGCUCUAUUCCUCCGCAGUACCUUAUUGCACUUACACCUCAAGGGAAACCCUUGAAACAACAGGACCUUCCGUCUGAGAGGGAGAUCUAUAUUUACGACAUCCGAGUAUCCCAACCCGCCUCCCCUGGCAGUUCAUCCUCGGUCAACGUCCAAAUCGGAAUUCCGAAACCAUACAGCUUACCGGAGCCUCCAAACCGGAUCAACGACACCAAAUCACAGCAAUCAUGGCAAGAGCUAUUCAGGUCGCGCAGAGCCUGGGCUGGGAGGGCGGUAGACGACUGUGCCUCGAUGGCGCAAGCCACAAGAGACCGAUACGGCGAGAUGGAUGUCAUAAUGCGCUGCCUCGAUGCUGCCAUCGCAAACCUCGAGUCUGUGGUCAAGACGGUAGACCCAAAAUACCAAGAGCUCAGGAAAUGGGCGGAUCCUGCCAAAUCGGAGUACAACGCACUUGUCAAGAACUGGCAGUCAUACCUGAGUCUUGCCCGGAGUAUACGUAUUUCUCCGGGGAUGGCUUCAUUCAUGACAGGUCGGAACUUUAGCUCCAAGAAUGGCGCAGUUCGGCAGCCUACCUUGGAGGACCUCCUGGACUUGGACACUACGAGGAUGACGGGACAACGGGCGCCCCAGGCACUGCGGAAGUUCAACCAACGCGUGAGCGACCUGGAGAAGAUGGCGACACGCAUGCUCAAGAACUGCCAGGAUGUCACCCAGGAUUUCGAGCGGCUCAUAGAACGCUCUGCCAUGUCCCACGAUGGCGAGGCUGCUCAGCUAUUGGAGGACAUUGAAGCUGUAGCCAAGAAGGUCGAUGCGGACUAUGAAACGACCAUGGGGCUCACAAACACCUCACGGGACCUUUUGCAGGCCUCAAAACUUGCCGCAACCCACACAGAGCGGCUAUUACCCAGCAUCCGGGCUAGAGCUCUCGAGAUGGACGAAAUGCUUCGGUAUGCAACCCAGGCGCGGAAUACCCUCGCCUUGGAGUCCGUGGACUUCAUGCGUAGCAUUACGGACAUUACGUCCCUCACAACCACCGUCAAGUCCCACAUCAAUGUUCUUGGUUCGGAGGAAGAGCUCGCUACGUUUGACUACUUGAGACUGAUCCAGCAAGUCCCGUUCAUGUACGCAUCCUUCACGGCGGAAGCGCUGAAGCGAGGCGAAUGGUACGAGAAGGUCAAGGUGGAUGCGUCUACCCUGGCCAACGAAAUGUCUCUAUUCCAGGACGAGGAGAUCAAACGGAGGAAAAAGUGGCUCAAAACUGUCGAGAAUCUCUACGGUCCACAGACGACAUCCGGUGAAGGCAACGUUGCUGGACUGGAGGUCAACCUAUUGGGACAGGAGGAAGAGUGGCCGACCAUGACCAAGAAGGAAUUGUCGGACUUCUAUGAAUCUCUCCAGAAACAGAAGGCCGAGCAGGAUCUGCUCAAUGACAUUGGCAAACUGAUUUUGGACUUGAACAAUCCGACAAAGCAACAAUCAAAACGGCUGAAAGCCUUCAAGAAUGGAAGCAUCCAUGAAGCGUCCUUGGGCAGGAGUGGCUUGUUGAUCCGGGGCGACGAAGACGUUCUUCGAUCGCUGCAGGAAGAAAAGCAGCGGGUCGACAACAAACUCAAGACAGCAGAAAGCCGUGUGCGACGUUUGGAAGACCUGUUACAUAGACAGAGCCAGGCUUCCAGGCCAACAUUCGGGAACACGUUUCAAUUUCCAAGCCAACAGCUCCCGGAGCGGAAUGGCUCGACCACGUCUGUGCAGAGAGCAGUCGAGGACCGAAGGCGUUCAUCAUCCGACUUUCCAGAGGGCCUCAUGCAGCGUAUCCAACAGCUUGAGAGCGAGCUGAGCGCUGAGAGGGAGAAGUCCGCUGCGUUUGAGAAGGACUUGAGCGCCCGCACAACCCAGCACGAGACCGUCAAGGGCCAAAUCGAAGAAGCCAAUUCUACCAAGAAGGAUCUUCUGGAGAACAUGGAGGCUCUGAAGAGGGAAUUCGUGGAAGAGCGCAAGUCCCUCGAAGACGAAAUCAAGCAUCUCAAAGCACGAAUUGAGGACACCGAAGACGAGAUGGAACACUUCGGCGAAUCUCGAGAACAUGAGAAGGCACAUUACGAUGACAGAGUUCAAGCCCUAGAGGAUGAAAUGGCGCAGCUGGCCAAGGAGAGACGCGACGAAAAGCUCAAGUACGAAGGACAGGUCGAGUUUCUCAGGAAAGAAUCAAAACUUCAGAGGGAGCAGGUCGAAGAACUGGAGAAACAGAACAAGUCGGUGCAAGACGAGAACAAGGACCAAAGCCACCAAUUGGAGGUCGCCAAACAGACUGCAGAAUCCCAAUUGAGGGCAUUGCAGGACCUGCACCGCCAGCUCGACCCAGGGGGCAACAUCCCAGAAGACCAAGAAGAACUCAUCGAAAGCAUGGCCAGCAAGUGCGCUGAUGUUCUCAUGAAGGCCCAAGACGUCGAGGCUAACAUCUCUCUCGUCCACUCGGACCUGCAUUCGGCUGAAGUCACUAUCAAAGAUCUUCGUGUGGAGAUCUUGACAGCUAAAGAGUCUUUGGCCAAGGAGGAGGGCUCAACAAUGCAGCUUCGAGAAGAGCUUGGAGAGGAGAAGGCUCGCGUUGCAGCACUUGAAGGCGAGCACGACGAGACCCGCAACCAGCUUAAUGAACUCAGAGUCAAGAUUACGGAUGGAGAAACAGGCUCCGAAAGUCUACGAAAGAGACUCGAAGAGGAAGAGAGGAAGAUUACGACCAUAACAGAAGAUCUUGCUUCAAAACAAUCCCAAGUCGGAAGCCUUGAGGAGGAACUCCACCUUUUCAAGAGCAAGUUCGAAGAGUCUCAGGUCAAACUUGGUGUGCUCACCGACCGAUUUGUGGCGCGAACAGAGCACGCCAAAGACCUCACCCAGAAGCUCUACACCCAGAACGAUCGUCUCCGGCGUCUACUGGAAAGGCUUGGCUUCUCCGUCAAACGGCAGGACGGCACCGUGGUUAUCCAGAAAAUCCCCCGGGCCGAGCGUUCUGUACAAAACCUCAACGACUCUGUCGACCCUAGCGCUUCCCUCCGCCGGUCGGGCACUCUCGCCCAGACACCAGAUAGUAGCGAUCUCGAGCUGCUGUACUGGAUGAAUAAUUCAGACCCAGCCACCGAGGCGGAGAAGUACGAGGCAUUCAUGGCAGAGCUCGGCAGCUUUGACAUGGACGCGCUCAUAGAAACCGUCUACAAGCGAGUCAAGGACAUUGAACACAUGGCCCGCAGGCUUCAACGCGACGCUCGAUCGUACCGCGACAAAGCCCAUGCACUUCAAAAGGACGCCCACGACAAGAUCGCCUUCAAGAAUUUUAAGGACGGCGACCUGGCCCUGUUCCUGCCGACUAGGAAUCAGAUGACUGGGGCCUGGGCGGCUUUCAACAUUGGCUUCCCUCAUUAUUUCCUGCGCGAGCAGGAAGCACAUCGCCUGCGCAACAGAGAGUGGCUGCUCGCCCGCAUUAGCCGCAUCCAAGAACGGGUCGUCGACUUAUCUAAGAGUCUGAGCAACCAGGCCUCGGGCAACGGCGCCGCAGAAACAGACUCUGUGGACGACGAGAAUGACAACCCCUUCGACCUUUCCGAUGGUCUGCGCUGGUACCUAAUCGAUGCCCACGAGGACAAACCUGGGGCGCCCUCGACUCCGGGGCUUGGGAAGAGCACGGUCGCUGCGAAUAAGGUCGACGCCGUGGCGGAACGAGCGCAGGUCCGGACAGCAUCUGGCAAGGGCCUUGGGCUGGGAGGUCGUGGCCCAACUGGGAUCGACGGGGUGAGCAAGACCCUGUCCAAGAGCCUGGAGAGUCGCCGCUCCAGUACAAGUUCUAAGAAAGCCUUGCCUUUCGGUAUUGGCGGCGGUGGGAAGGGCAGUGGGCUCGCCAGCGAAGCCAAUUCCAUCCGGGCCGCACCGGCAGACUCGCCUGACCCUCCCGCCGAGGGCAGCGGCCAGCACGCAUCACACGCCACCACAGAGCAGCCAAACGGCAGGGGUGAAGCUCAAGCUCAAGCUGAAGGCACCGCUGCGCAAGCGGAAGAACAGGGGCAGCGGCCGCUACCAGACAGCGCCGCGGGCACCGAGCAGGGCCGCCGACUCCGGCUACCUACCCUGGCGCAAGCACGCCCAAGACCGCUAAUGCAACAGCAGCAAGAGCAGCAGCCGAGCGCCGCCUCGGAGCCUGCGGGCAGCCCCCCUAAAGAUAACAAAAGGAGGAGCGUGAUAUGGGACUCGCUCUGGAGCCUGGACCUGAGCUACGAGAGCGGGCGCAAGGGGAAACAAUCGUCAUGA